AUGGCUUCCUGUGGUUCCCAAAGUCUCCUUGAAAACAAGUGUCCUCAGGAAAAUGAAGAGGAGGAGAUUGGGAAUCUAGAGCUUGCCUGGGAUAUGCUGGAUUUAGCAAAGAUCAUUUUUAAAAGGCAAGAAACAAAAGAAGCCCAGCUUUAUGCUGCCCAGGCGCAUCUUAAACUCAGAGAAGUCAGUGUUGAAUCUGAGAACUAUGUACAAGCUGUGGAGGAAUUCCAGUCCUGCCUAAACCUGCAGGAACAGUACGUGGAAGCCCAUGACCGUCUCCUUGCAGAGACCCACUACCAGCUGGGCUUGGCUUAUGGGUACAACUCUCAGUAUGAUGAGGCAGUGGCACAGUUCAGCAAAUCUAUUGAAGUUAUUGAGAAGAGAAUGGCUGUACUAAAUGAGCAAGUGAAGGAGGCAGAACGAUCAUCUGCUGAAUGUAAGAAAGAAAUUGAGGAGCUGAAGGAACUGCUACCUGAAAUUAGAGAGAAGAUAGAAGAUGCAAAGGAGUCCCAGCGUAGUGGGAAUGUAGCUGAACUGGCUCUGAAAGCUACUCUGGUGGAGAGCUCUACUUCAGGUUUUACUCCUAGUGGAGGAGUCUCUUCAGUCUCUAUGAUUGCCAGUAGAAAGCCAAUAGACAGUGCUUCCUCAUCAAAUUGUGUAACUGAUAUUUCCCACCUUGUUAGAAAGAAGAGGAAACCAGAGGAAGAGAGUCCCCGGAAAGAUGAUGCAAAGAAAGCCAAACAAGAGCUGGAGGUGAAUGGAGGCAAUGGGGAUGCUGUCUCCAGUGGAAAUGAAGUUUUGGAAAACACAGAGGAGGCUGAGAAACAGGCUGAAAGCCGAGUGGCAGUGGAGGGGACAGUGGAGGCUGGCGCUACAGUUGAAAGCACUGCAUGUUAAGAGGGGGCAGAGCCUUCCUCCUAAGGGAAAGUGUUUUUGUAUAUAAUGUAUUUUUUCACUUUUGGAGGAUUCUUUUUGUAUAACUUCAAUAAAGAUUGAAAGCAAAAAAAAAAA